AAUUUAAAAAAGAAUCUGUUACAAUGCACUCAGCACAUAUAUGUAUGUUUGUUUUGUUUCGUUAUUUUUGUUUCCUCAGUACACUUCAGUUAUUUGGACUAUCAGGUGACAUUUCCGAUUCACAUCCGGGUCAGGAAGUCACCUCGCCUGUAUGAUCCUGAAAAAGAUAACGACAUCAACAAUAAGGUUACAAUCAUCACUAAGACGUCUCUGAGAUAUCCGUCCGUAAGGGCUCUCAUCAACAGUACCCGGAUGUUCUACCCUAACAUCCGGGUAAUCAUAGCAGACGACAGCCGCCUUCAGGCGGAAAACACUGAUCAUUACGUCAUGCCGUUUGGAGCGGGUUGGUUCGGCGGCAGGAAUCUUGCCUUGUCACAAGUAACAACUCCGUACUUCCUGUGGGUGGACGACGACUAUGUGUUCACCAAAGAGACAAAGUUGGAGAAUUUUGUAGAGGUUCUCGACAACACAAAUCUGGAUUUGGUAUCUGGAAGUGUCGGUAACAGGAAGCUCAUGUACUCUAAACUAUCCAUCCUACCUGGAGACGAACAUGGCGACUGUCUGGUGCAAGGCCGUGGACACUACGGCCGCGUUCCCGGCUACCCGCACUGUUAUCUGACCCCGAAGGUCACCAACUUCUACCUGGGAAGAACGGACGCAGUCCGCGCGGUGGGAUUUGAUCCGACCUACUCUCGCUAUGGACAUACAGAGUUCUUUGUGGAUGCGAUGGGAAGACUAAGAAUGGCAGCGUGUGAUGGGGUGCGUAUAGACCACAGACAGACUCGGAACAAGGAAUUCAACAAGUUCCGGAGAGGAGGAGGCGUAUCUGGAAGCUACCGGAAUAUAAUCAUGAGGCGGCAAUACUUUAAGGACAACUUAAAGUGCUGGAUCAAAUCAUAGAUAUACCUUUAAUGUUGAUGUAUAUUGAAGGUCUUUCUUUAACAAGUUGUGCAACUGUUUUAUUCACUCUAUCUCUCUCUCUCACUCACUUACUCACUCACUCUGCCUGUCUACAAAAGUUCUCCACUUCUGAUUUCAUAACUUAAUAUGUCAUAUUCUGCAAUGUGGGGCUCACACUAACAAAAAUACCGUUCUUGCUAAUUCUUAGUAGAAGAAAUGUCAUCUUUUAG